UUCGAUGUGAGAUGGUGAACGCAUCCUAGCGUUCCGAGGAAAAGUCAAAUGGAAAAGAAAAAACAAAAAACAAUAACAAUAAUAAAACAACAGGUUGAAAGUUUUAUAUUCAUAAUAAUCAAAAAACUGGAUAUUCCACUAUUAUUAUUGAUCAUCAAUGAUAAAUUAAAUUAACAAAUUACCAUCGACUAUUUCAUAUUGGUUUAUUUCUGAAUAUCAUAUUGAAAAUGUCGUCUUCGAAACCGCAAAUGUAUAUUUACCAUUUACCAUACGAAGAAAGAAGAAAAUUGUGCUUCAUAUUAGAUCAAAACAACAAAUGGGAAGAAUUGGCCCUCAAACACAUGCUAUAUGACGAAAUGGCGAUAGCAAACGUUAGGAAAGAAGUUGUCAGAGGAAAUUCACCUUCUAGUGAGCUUCUAACUUUGUGGGGACAUCAAAAUCAUACUGUUUUUGAACUUUUCAUACUUUUAUACCGGAUGGACGUCCAUGAAGGAUUGUCGAUCUUACGCCCAUUUGUAGACGACAAAUACCACAGACUCAUAAAAAUAACUAAUAUCGAAAAUGGCAUCAAGCGAGUACAAAUUCAUGACAGCAAAGUUCCGACAAGUAAUUUUAAUAGAAACACCGAUAAAAGUAUACCAAAACCUGGACCUGUUUUUAGCAACGAGAACAACGAAACAAAAAUAAAUAAUAAUUUGCAAGCUCAGGCGACAGAGAAACCAUUGAAUAUUCAAGUGAAUGCGAAUAAUGAUAAUGUGCCAAAUUUUAAGAGACAGCAAGAUUCUACACAAAUGUUGACAGCUUGUGUUGCCUCCAGUGCUGGAUUGAUACCACAAAUUCCUUAUGAAGAACUCGAAUUGGCUACAGAUAAUUGGAAUUCUAAUAGGAUUUUAGGACAAGGUGGAUUUGGAACUGUGUUUAGAGGUACAUGGAAGUGCACCCAAGUAGCCAUCAAACGAUUGAAAACCAAGGAGAAUACCAAAAAAGAAUUCGCUGAACAAAUUCGUCAGUCUAUUACCGAAUUGCACUGUCUAAAUGCCUACCGGCAUGACAAUAUUUUACCUAUUUAUGGAUAUAGUAUUAGUUCAAGCUCGGGUAUUACAGCUCAUCCUUGUUUAGUUUACCAAUAUAUGCCUGGGGGAUCACUGGAUAGCAGGAUUAGAACUAGGGAUGAAACUAGGGUUAUGAGUUGGCCUGCCCGAUUAAAUAUUGCUAUAGGAACUGCAAGAGGCCUUCAAUUUUUACACACAACUCUCCAUGGAAAUAAGCCAUUGAUUCACGGUGAUAUAAAAAGUGCUAAUAUCCUGUUAGAUUUGUUAGACCAGCCAAAAAUAGGUGAUUUUGGUUUGGCCCGAGAAGGUCCAGAAAACAACUUAACUCACAUUCUAGUGAGCCGCGUUCAAGGCACCGCUCCAUACUUACCCAUUGAAUUUUUACGUUCGAACCAGUUCAGUACCAAAAUAGAUACUUACAGCUUUGGCGUGGUACUAUUCGAACUGGCCACCGCUUGUCCACCGGCCAGCGCCACCUGCAACAAGCGGUUGCUGAAGGACUAUGUGGUCGACUACCCAGUGGAAAACAUAAUACAAUUGAAAGAUCCCAGAGCUGAAGGUGGAGAAAGUAUUUUUUAUCAACUGGUGCGAAUUGGAAAGGAGUGCGUCCAGCAUCGGUCUAAGAGACCAGAAAUGGUUGACGUUUUGCUGAUGCUUGAAAAAGUUAUGUUAUUAUAAAUGAUUUUAGUUUUGUAAAUCGAUAAUUGGGAUAUAUAUAAAAAUAUUUGUAUGUGAAAGGUUUUUGAAUUACUUUUUUCCGCCAAACAAGCAUAAAUGAACUUUAUGGUUUUUGCUCACCAAUUGCCAACUUAAAACUUGAAGAGGUAAAUGGAUUCGGUAAUAAAUAAAUCAUGCAAAAACUUUGACAUAAAUAUGAAUUUAUAAAAAUAAUAAAACAGAAAUAUCUAGGUACCUUAAUACCGAAAAAUUAAAAUAACUUAUUACCUACUUAGGAUUAAACUUAUUCCGCAUGAAUUGUACCAGCAUCGCUUUACGUAAUUUCGCUUCCCGUUCGAAUUCCUUAAGUUGAUUCUGCCGCAUAUAUUCAUCGAGUUCCAAUGAUUGAAAUGCUUUUCCCCAUUGUUUCAAGAGCUCGGUGAUUCUCGAAUCCAUAUCUUGCAAAAUGACUUUUUUUCCAGGCGACAUCGGACAGUCUUCAAUGAGCGUUACUUGGUCAGCUCUACUUUCGAAUUCUUC